UGGAAGGCACAGCAGCUGGUGGGCCUAAUAUUUGGCCCCUUUGAUCAAGCUGAUGAUUUCUGUUUAUUAGUAUCUAAACCUUUCUAAACCCAUCAUUUUCACUAAUUAAACCAUUAAAACCAUACAUACAGCAGUGUUCUCACUGCACAUAAACGUUAGGUCUGAAUCAUUUCACUUCUCUUUAAGUCAGAUUCCAAAAACCUCACUCGUUGGUGCUUAUAUCCAAAUAUUGUGACUUGAAUCAAGAAAAUGACUAAAAGAAUUGUGCAGCCAAAGAAACCCGUCCUUGGUUCCUAUUUAAAGACUGAAAUCAACCAAAGGAAGCUAAACUUCACCUGUUUGGCAACAGGCUGCCAAUUUAUCCUCUCCUCUAAUUACCUCCAGCCGUGGCUGAGCGGUGGUUUUACACGCAGAUUGAAGGAGAGAGGUAGAAGGACAGCAGUCUGUUGCGAUGAAAGCAAAGUGUCCUAUCUAUAUUUUGUGGAGUGUUUUAUCACUUUGCCUCCCAAGCUGUGCACCGGACACUGAUGAAUCUCCAUUUACCGGAAGGAAAAGGGUUUUCGAACUCGGUACGCCAAAAUCCAAACAAUCAGGAACAGACGACAGAAGAUCCUCUCGGAGGUCACUACCUGCAGGCACUUCUCCAUUGUCUCAUCUCAGUCCCCGAAGGCCUUACCCUCCUCCGACACCUCGACCCAUGCGUCCAGGAGAGCCCGAGGCAAAGAUCCAGUCGGACUUUGCUUACCUCCCAGACGUUUCUGUAACCUGUUCCUCGUCUGACUUUGUCGUGCGGGUCAAACCAUCUUUCUACAGUCUGGGUGCCGAAGCAGAGGAGCUACAAUUAGGCCGCAACUGUAAAAGCAACGGGGUUCUCUGGCCAUACGGUGACCUGCUCUUCACGUAUCCUCUGACAUCGUGCGAUGCAGUGCGCGAGUCGCCCUGCGGUUACCUGAUCUACAAAUUCGUGCUCCAUUAUGACCCUUCGCCAAAACGUUUACGAAGCACAGCGCACCGGAUCAAUGUCGACAUUGAAUGCCGUUAUCAAAGGAACCAUCAUGUGUACCAACUGGCUGUGCAGCCCACAUGGGAAACUACUGUUGUGCGUAAAAAGCUGAAAGGAAAUCCAGAUGACUUCCAGAUGACGUUAAUGGAUGAUUUAUGGAGCAGACCAGUCAAGUCCCAGGUGUACCAGAUUGGAAAGACUAUUAAUUUACAGGUCUCUGCUCAUCUGUCAACUGGUGGGAAACUCUACAUCAACACCUGCUAUGCUACACCAUCCCGUGGCUCUGCAUCAUCCCUCAAAUACGCCAUCAUUGACAAUUUUGGCUGUAUGUUGGACAGUAAGAGCGACCCAGGGGGCUCUCAGUUUAUCUCUCGGACCGACAAAACCCUGAGAUUCUCCCUCAAGGCUUUCCAGUUUACGUUUGACCCUGAAACUGAGGUCAAUAUUCACUGCAAAUUGUUUGUCAUAGCUGAGGAUCCGGGUCCUACACACAAAUCAUGCACCUACAGAGAAAACGGAUGGAAGGCCCUCACUGGUGACGACUCCGUUUGUGAAUGCUGUGAUAAACAAUGUGUGACUUCUAAAGCCCGGCGGGCCUUGAUGGAAGGCUCUGCCAGCAGUGGGUCAUUGUUGGUCUCUGAUCAGCCAUACACAGCAGAAGAUGGCGUUCCACCAGUCAGCAGAGAAGGCGAGGCCACAAUAAAUCAUUACGAUGAGCUGAAAAGUCAUGAGAACCUUUUGUACACUGCGGAUUUAGAAGAGUACGAAGAUGACGAAGAGCAAGACUACGCAGAUGAAGAAGAAGAAGAAGAAGAAGAGGAUGAUAAGUUUGAAGAGGAUAGUGGGUUUGGAGUGAUGACAGAACCUGAUUUAGACGAGUUGGGUUUUAGGGGAAGGGUCUUUGUGGAGGAGAAGAAAGAGUCUGAAGUGAAGGAUUCAAAUCAGUUCGAGGUGGAUGGGUCAAAGUAUGUAGUACAAGAGGAGAGUGAAGAAGAUGAGAUCAAUUUGAACCAGAAGGAAGCUAAAGUGUUGCGACAUUGGGUGUCGGUGGAGCAAAUGUUGCCAUCAGAAGAUGGCCUACAGAGAGAGUUAGUAUCUGAAGGUGAAGAAGACAACAGGAAGCAUGCAGGUAGAGAAGAGGACGACCGGUUGAUAACCUCUGAGGUGGAGUGGAAGAAUGACGACGGUCUGGCAGACUUAGUAGAUAGUGAGGUGACCUGGUAUUUCACAUGGAGGUAGCAUUAGUUGAAUGAAUCGAUCAGUACUCUACGUGACAGGAUAUUCUGACUUAUUUCAAUAAAAACAUGAAAAUGCA